UGAUGUGGCGGCGCUCCCAUCCCGGUCUGGCCAUCUUUGUCCUCUUGGCUCUCUGCUGCUUCCUGGAAGGCACAAAUGCCGCUUCCUGUCCUGAUGGUUGGCUGGCCUACCAGAACCACUGCUAUGGACUCUUCUAUGAAAAGCUAACUUGGCAUGAAGCAGAGGAAGACUGCAAGAGCUACGGCACCAAUGGUCACCUGGCCUCCAUCCCCAGCUGGGUAGAGUCGGAGGUGAUCUCUAAUCACAUCAUCACCAACCACAAGCACAUCAAAUAUGUCUGGAUCGGACUCCAUGACAAAUACCGGAUCCGAAUAUUUUACUGGACGGAUGGCUCCAGAGUGACGUUCAAGGCAUGGGCUCAGUUUGAACCUGAGACUUUCACAAUCUUCAAGAAUUGCGUCCAUCUAAUUGACUUUAAGAGUUAUAAGGAAUGGGCUGCUGUCGAGUGCGACGAAAAGGCUUCCUAUUUGUGCAAGUUCAGCUCCUCCUAAGAAAGGCCAAGGCAUCUCCUGGUCAUCAACACCAGAUUGCUAGGACUUCUCCUUGGCUUGAUCCUUUCACCCUCCAAUAAUAUCCUGGCCCUGUUUGGAUGUGGUUAAGCUUUCUCUGGGCAAAGAUUGCAAUAAACACAUUCUUUUA